AUGGGCAAGGAGGCCAAGUUCAUGCUGCACGUCGUGGGCCAAGGGUCUGCCGGAGAUCCCCAGUUUGCCGUUCGAGACGAAAUCGUCUCCAUGCUGCUUCUUUGUAGGCCUGCUUACUUGCUUCACCUCCUACACUUGGCCAUCACGAACCCCCGGACAGUCGAUCCAUCUUUCGUGUUGUUCGAAGACAUGAAGCCGGGUGCCACAAAGCUCUUGCACAGCAUCAUCAAGCACCUCGCAGAUGCAUGCCAAGCCAUGGGAAACAGCAAGCCAACACAGGCGGCGGCAACCGACACAGCGGAACCUGAAACGAUGCAGGCACAGUUGACGAAGUACAUCAUGAGAAUCGAAGCCCAGUUUGCAUUCAGUCACGGGCCGUCUGCAACAGUUGAGUGGCCUCAGAUGUGGGCCAAGAUACUGACGGUUGCAGUGCAACGUGGCAUGAAGCCAGUUUUUGGUGCAGUAGAUUUUGAGUCCGAGCAGGACAAGGACAAAAAGGAUGAGGAUGAUGCCACCAGUAAGAUGGACCAGAUCGUUGAGGCCAACUUGAUCAAGUGGCUGCCAUCCGUGAAAUCAGUUUGUCCCAAGAACAAGAAUGCCAGAGGUGCAAGCUUGCCGUUUGUUCGUGGUGAUCCUCAAUCGCCGACGACAGCCAAAGUGAAGUCCGAGCCGACAGAAUCGACGGAACCCCAGGCAAGCAAAGGUGAUGCUGAUGCUCCCUCGGGCACCGUUGCAGGGAAACCCCAGGCAGAACAGUGCCUCAUGCCGACCUUCAAUGAGAUUUACCUCAUGCACGAUUUGCCGGACAUCAAGGUUCAUGAUGUUGAUGUGCGGGACGUUGUGGCCAUCCGCUCCCAAAUCGAGCUGUUCAUCAUGUCUUGGGCAAAGCAAAAUUCCAGUUCAGAGCUUCUUUCGGCACUGGUUGUUGAUGCGAAGGGGAACACGCUGAUGCCGGAAGCGGUCGUGAACGCAUCCAUGGAGAGUACUACGUUGUGGGGUUUCGGCACGGUGUCGACGGAACCAGGAAGCAAGUCGUUGAAGGUGGCACGUUGCAACUUUGGCAACAACGCCGUCCCGGUGGACUACUUUCUGCAUUACGAAGGGUUCAGCAAGCCCACGAGCCUGGUUCCAUGCGCAGUAUGGAUGAUCAAGGCCGGCUUCGAAGAAAAGAAGGCAAUGUUCGCCUCCCAGAUCGAAGACAUGGUGCGUGACUUCUCCGACGCGUCUGGGAACAAAGUCACAGUCCACCUGCAGAUGCCAGCACUCCGCUUCCGCCCAGAGGCUGUGAAGAAGCUCGUGGCGGCGAAGGAGACAGGUACUUCCACCGUGUCUGAGCACUUGUGCUCCCGCACAAGCUUCUCGCACGAGAAAAGUGGCCCACAGCGAUCAACCGCCGGCAAAUUCAAGACAAAGUCUGCGCAGGUCUUGGGUGGGCAAGCGUUCAAGACCAUGACCGGAGUCGUAAAGACAGAAGCCGAGGGCCAUGACGAGGACGAUGGCCUGGGCGCCUUGCUGAUGACCUUGAAUGCUCCGAAGCAUUGCAAGUUCCUGCUGCGAUGA